AUGAUGAUACGAACUAGAAUAGGAUACUUAGAUCGAUUGACUGAUCGACUUCUGGAUUAUAGACGUCAAGUAGAACUGGCUAGAACAAGAUGCAGUCAAACACAGAAACUGAUCGACAAAGCACUAAUGGAGCAACAGGAGAAGACAACACAACUCGCGCAACUCAAGAACUAUUGUAAGAAGUUAGUUAGCUUUUUGGAGGAUGAACUAUCAAGAAUCUGUAAUCGGCAAGUGCAAAUAACUGGACAGUUCUGCGAUCUGUGA